AUGGCUGUUGUGGAUGCCAAUAUGCGAUUUACAUUGGUAGAUAUUGGAACUCCAAGGAGGAACAGUGACAGUGGUGUUUUUCGCAGAAGUAUUAUUGGGAUGGGCUUGGAGAAUCAAUUCAUGAAAGUUACAAGAGCAUGUCCUCUUGAUAAGGACAGAAAUUUGAUACUCCCCUAUGUAGUAGUUGGAGAUGAAGCAUUUGCUCUCACCAAUUAUAUGAUGAGACCCUAUCCUCGAAGUGGAAUACUAAAUAGAAGGAAGAAGAUUUUCAACUACCGGUUAAGUAGGGCCAGACGUAUAGUAGAAUUAGCUUUUGGUGCUCUGAGAGGUCGUUAA